CCACCACUGCCCUUCACCCUCCUAGUUCCUCCUGCCCCUGGUUCCUCUUUCCCACUGACUCUAGGAUCAGAUGAGCCCACAUAAAGCCGGACCUCCUUUCUGGCGGGGCUGCAGGAGUACAGUGCCCAACAUGCCCACCCGAGCGCAGGCCCAUCGGUUACUGCUGCUACUGCUGCCGCUGCUGUUGCUCACCCUGCCAGCCACAGGCUCAGACCCUGUACUCUGCUUCACCCAGUAUGAAGAAUCCACGGGCAAGUGCAAGGGCCUCCUUGGGGGAGGUGUCAGCACGGAAGACUGCUGUCUCAAUGCUGACUACGCCUUCCAGGAGCUCGGCAGCAAGCUCUGCAUGGCGUGCAGGCUCCCACAAUGGUCACCGUGGUCCGAGUGGGCCCCCUGCUCAGUGACCUGCACGGAGGGCUCCCAGCUGCGGCACCGGCGCUGCAUAGGCUGGGACGGGCAAUGCCCCCAGAAGGUGGAGCCUGGGACCCUCCAGUGGCAGCUGCAGGCGUGUGAGGACAAGCCGUGCUGUCCUGAGAUGGGCGGUUGGUCCGACUGGGGGCCCUGGGCAUCUUGCUCUGUCACCUGCUCUAAAGGGACCCGGAUUCGUCGUCGAGCAUGUGAUCGCCCCACCCCCAAGUGUGGGGGCCACUGCCCAGGAGAGGCACAGGAGUCAAAGGCCUGUGACACUGAACAGGUCUGCCCCACACACGGGGCCUGGGCUGCUUGGGGCCCCUGGGGCCCCUGCUCAGGCACCUGCCACAAUGGACCCAAGGCAUCUGAGGAGAGACGAAGCCGCACAUGCUCUGCACCUGAGCCCUCCACGCAGCCUCCUGGGAAUCCCUGCCCAGGGUCAUCCUCUGAGCAGCGGGCCUGCACCGGCCUGCCACCCUGCCCAGUGGCUGGUGGCUGGGGGCCAUGGAGUGCUGUGAGCCCCUGCCCUGUGACCUGCGGCCUGGGUCAGACCCGGGAACGACGGACAUGUGAUCACCCUGUGCCCCAGCACGGGGGCCCCUUCUGUGUCGGUGAUGCCACCCGGACCCACAUCUGCAACACGGCCGUGCACUGCCCUGUGAACGGAGAGUGGGAGCUCUGGGGGGAGUGGAGCACCUGCAUCCGCCGGAGCAUAAAACACAUCAGCUGCCAGGAGAUCCCAGGCCAGCAGACCCGCUCCAGGCUCUGCAAGGGCCGCAAGUUUAAUGGACAGCGAUGUAGCGGGGAACAACAGGAUAUCCGGCACUGCUACAACAUCCAGCGCUGCCCCUGGAAAGGCUCCUGGUCGGAGUGGAGUACCUGGGGGCUGUGCAUGCCUCCGUGUGGACCCAACCCCAACCGCACCCGCCAGCGCCUCUGCAAGGCCACGCUCCCCGAAUUCUCGCCCACCGUUACCACGGUCGAAGGUCAGGGUGAGAAGAAUGUGACCUUCUGGGGGAAACCGUCGGCAUUGUGUGAUGUGCUGCAAGGGCAGAAGGUGGUGGUGGAGGAGAAACGGCCAUGUCUACACGUGCCUCCCUGCAAAGAACCCUGAGGAUGAGAAGCUCUAACAUCUCUCUCUUCCACUCUGACCCCCUGACCUCUCAGACUUCAAUAAACCAGCCUCUUCCCCAGGA